AUGAAGUUGUUUUUGUCAAUUUUCCUAUUCAUUUCGUCAAUAUUGGCCCACAAUGUCCUUUUACAACCAUACGGUAAACAAUGCUUUUUUGAAGACUUGAAAAAGAACGAUGAAUUGGCUCUUUCAUUUCAAGUAGGAUCACGUAACCCCCUGAACCCAGAACAACACGCCGUUGACUUUUACAUUACCUCACCUCAGGGCCAAACGCUUAUCAAACGUUCCAACAUAGCUCAUGGUGAUGAAUCAGUCAAAGCUUCUCAAACUGGUAGGUUCCAAUACUGUUUCUCCAAUGAACAUUCUGGUAAAGCUGACAUUGAUGUCAGUUUCAAUAUCCAUGGAGUUGUUUACGUUGACGCCAAUGAUCCAAAAGCUGACACUUUGGAUUAUGCAAUCCAAAGAUUGAGUGUCUUGACUGAUGAGGUUAAAGCUGAACAAGGGUAUUUGGUCAUUAGAGAAAGAACCCACAGAAACACUGCCGAAUCAACCAAUUCUCGAGUUAAAUGGUGGUCAGUUUUCCAAAUUUUUGUUGUUGCUGCUAAUUCUCUUUUCCAAAUUUAUUACUUGAGAAGGUUCUUUGAGGUAAAAUCAGUUGUAUAG